AUGAAGGUCCUCUUGCUGCUGGCAGCUAUGAUUGUGACCUUCGGCCCAAUACAGAUCCAGGGAAUUCUUAAGGAAUUUAAUGAAAUGGUCACGCAUUUAACGGCAAGGUCUGCAACUGAGUUUUCCAACUAUGGAUGUCACUGUGGCCCUGUUGGCAAAGGAACUCCCAGGGAUGGAACAGAUCGGUGCUGCUUGCAACACCGCUGUUGCUAUGAAGAUAUACAACGUUAUGGAUGUAACACAAAAUAUCUGAGCUACAACUACACCAUCAACGGGCCCAAUAUCAACUGUUAUGUUCCAGUAUUUCGCACCGGCUGUCAAACACAGCUGUGUAAGUGUGAUAGAAUCGCCGCUGAAUGUUUUGCCCGCAACAUGAAAACCUACAAACCUGAAUACCUUAACUACAAGGAGGAGUUUUGCAAUGGAAUGACCCCCAAGUGCUGCGACAUCUGCUUUUUUUGA